GGUCACCAACGGGGGCAAAACCACCCUGACCAACAGGAUCAGCAAGGCGCUGCCCAACUGCUGCGUAGUCCACCAGGACGACUUCUUCAAGCCACAAGAUCAAAUAGAAGUCGGGGAAGACGGCUUUAAACAAUGGGAUGUGUUGGACUCCUUGGAUAUGGAGGCAAUGGUGAGCACUGUGCGUGCGUGGAUUGAGAACCCAGUGAAGUUUGCCCGUUCCCAUGGGGUGAAUGUCACGCCUGGCUCUAAAGAGCCAGCCUCCAAAGAUAUCCAUGUAUUGGUCAUUGAAGGCUUCCUGCUUUAUAAUUACAAACCACUGAUAGACCUAUUUGACAUACGCUACUACUUGGCAGUUCCAUACGAUGAAUGCAAACGGAGGAGAAGUACACGUAACUACACCGUCCCUGACCCCCCGGGGCUCUUUGAUGGACACGUCUGGCCCAUGUACUUAAAACACAGGAAAGAAAUGGAGGACGGCGGUGUUGAUGUCGUUUAUUUAGAUGGACUGAAGUCUAGAGAUGAACUUUACAACGAAGUCUUGGAAGAUAUUCAGAACAAGCUUUUAAAUUGCUUAUAG